CCGAGCGAGGACGCGGCGAGCCCGGCGCUGCCCGCCCGCCCGCGCCGCCCCCAUGGCGAAGGAGAGGAGCAGGAAGGCGCUGGCGGAGCUGCUCCAGCGGCCGGGCAACGCGGCGUGCGCCGACUGCGCCGCGCCGGAUCCAGACUGGGCAUCACAUAGCCUGGGAAUCUUCAUCUGCUUAAACUGUUCAGGAAUCCAUCGCAAUAUUCCACAAGUCAGCAAAGUGAAGUCAGUCCGUUUAGAUGACUGGGAUGAUGCCCAAGUUGAGUUUAUGGCUUCAAAUGGAAACAAUGUAGCAAAAGCAAAAUAUGAAUCUAAGAUGCCACCAUUUUAUUACAAGCCAACAUUUCUUGACUGUCAACUGCUGCGGGAACAGUGGAUCAGAGCCAAAUAUGAAAGAAAAGAAUUCAUUCACAGUGAGAAGCAAGAACCCUAUUCUGCAGGAUACCGAGAAGGAUUUCUGUGGAAGAGAGGACGUGACAACGGACAGUUCUUAAGCCGAAAAUUUGUGUUAUCAGAGAGGGAAGGUGCACUGAAGUACUUCAACAAAAAUGACGCAAAAGAACCCAAAGCAAUUAUGAAGAUCGAACAUUUAAAUGCGACUUUCCAGCCUGCAAAAAUAGGGAACCCGCAUGGAUUACAGAUCACUUACUUGAAGGAUAAUAGCACAAGGAACAUCUUUGUCUAUCAUGAAGACGGCAAGGAAAUUGUGGAUUGGUUCAAUGCCAUACGGGCAGCGCGUUUUCAUUACUUACAAGUGGCAUUCCCUGGAGCCAGCGAUGUCGAUCUGGUGCCAAAGCUUUCUAGAAACUACCUGAAGGAAGGGUACAUGGAGAAGACGGGGCCAAAGCAAACAGAAGGAUUCAAGAAACGAUGGUUCACCAUGGACGACCGGAGGCUCAUGUACUUCAAAGAUCCCCUGGAUGCCUUUGCUAGAGGGGAAGUGUUCAUCGGAAGCAAGGAGAACAGCUACAAGGUCCUGGAAGGGCUCCCGCCAUCCACGCAGGGGAAUCACUGGCAGCACGGGAUAACCAUUGUCACCCCCGACAGGAAAUUCCUCUUUGCCUGCGAGACAGAGGACGACCAGCUGGAAUGGAUUACAACCUUUCAGAAAGUCAUAAGCAGGCCGAUGCUGCCUCAGGAAUAUGCAGUGGAAGCCCACUUCAAGCAUAAACCUUAGAUGGGACUGGGCAGACCUGAGGAAUGAGCUUCUGUUUACAACACAUCAUGGUUUUAUUUGAAAUGCUAAAAAUAAUUAAUAAUAAUAAUAAUAAUAACAAUAAUACUUCCCUUUCCCCUCAUCAUUGACUUGAUCAUGUUGGAAGCCAAGAAGGACAGCCGCAAAAUGUCAGAGAAGAUGCUGGUCAAUAACAAAAAUCAUUUCUCUGGCUGUGCUGUAUUUCCAGCAGUGCCCAGGCUCCUCCAGAGGCUUCAUUUCUACGUGCAGCCGUUUUGUGUAGCCCACCGCAGUAGGUAAUUCCCGCAGAGACCACACGUGUUGUCGGGUUAGGCGGCUAUCAGCAACGUGGCACGAGACUGGCCCACGGGCCUGCGCUAGCCUUUAGUAACACAGCUGGUCUCAAGCGUGUGGCAAAACAGGUUUUAGACCACUCUUCCCAGGAUGAUGAAGACUGUGUCAGUGGCCCAUCUCAGGGCACAGGGCUUUCUCUGGAAACCUCCUUGGCUCGUGCAAAACCAAAAGGGUUUCCUGUGGAAAUUGGUAACUUUGGGAAGAAAGAACAUGCCUUUUUCUUCUAUCCCAUCUGAAUAUCCUUCUCGAAGCAUUUCAACAGCUGGUUAGUUGGAUGGUGAGUGGGGUUGAGUAACCUGCUUUUUCUCCUCUGCAAUCUUUUGUUAAUUUAGAUCACAGAUGGAUAUAAUCUGGUUCAGGUUUUGGAUCUGAACUUCCCAGAGCUCUGAGCCACCUGGGCUGGUGACAGGAGGAAGAGGCAGCAUUGACCUGGACCUGGACCUCCUCGGAUGCUCUGACCUCUAGAUUAGGCUGGUUCAGUCUGUGCGAUAGCUGUUCUCAGGUGAGCUGACGUCCGUGGUUCAGACAGCCGCGGUUCAGCCAGGCUCUCUGUGGCAAUCCUAGCUCUCCACUACCAUUUUCUCACGGGGUACUCUGGUUCCCUGAGAUUGUGACAUUGUAUUGGGAUACAGAGAAUGCACCUAAAACCCCAAAUGAGAUAAAGAUCAUCCAUAAAGAAUUGCAGCUAUUAACCAGAGGAGGAGUUUGUAGGUGACUGAGAUGUGUCAGAAGGCACCAUUAUGUGUUCUGCUGGCCCAUGUGGUUCAGACUCCUUAAAAAGCAAGGAGGACGUGUAGCACCUUCGAGCAGCUUCAGAAAAGGAUCUUGAUAGGAAGUUUGCCUCCCUGUUAUUCCUUGUGGACAGUAUUUUCUGUGCAGUACCUCAGCCGCUUCUGUCUUUUUGUCCAAGUUGGUGGCAAAGUGGUAUGUUUUGCAAAACGGGCAAUUGGAAAUGGUGUUGGUUUUGAUGGGUGGCAGAGGAUGACUUUCCAGAGGAUGGGCAUGGCUUGAAUAUGGGAUUUCAUGCAGGUCACUGGUUUGCCUGAAUGCGCAUUUGGGCCCAGUUCACCCUUUGAAGUGGCUCUCCUGUGUUGUUGAUGCCUGUCUGUGGUGUUAACAUGCUAGCUUUCUCAUGGCAUUUCUUUAGACAUAGAAGAGCUGAACUGAGUGAGGUACUAGCUUACAAGCAACAGGCCCAUGAGUGGUCGCAGCCAGGUGUCUUUACUGUAGAGGCACACAACUGCCAGGACUUGAAGAACGGUGCAUGUGUACCACUUAGGAAGUUCAGACAAAACCAGAGUAGUUUGGCUUAUAUGGUCUCAUGAUGUGUAAAUGUUGCUAAAUCCUCCAGAUGUCAUAGAGAUAAAUUAUAAAUAAAUUACUUUAAUGUGGGGUGAACGUCACACUUUGUAAGUGAUGGUACUGUUAUAUAUAGGCUAGUUUCAAACAGGAUUUUCAAAUAACAGAAAUUUGUGUUGUUGGCCUCAUUAUCUGCUUACCAAAGUGCACAUCCAAGAAGUGCCCGUUACGAAGAGUGAAACAUCACCUCCGAGGAAUCCCAGGCUUUGCGGAUUCAUCCGGCUGGCAAGCAGAGGGGGAGGCAGGCCUGUCUGGGUGAGCAGGACGCUGUACAGUGCUUGUCCGCUAUCCUCUGCUCCAAAAGGAAGGGGACAAUUCAGCACUUAGUCAGAAGUGAACCACAGGCAUAAAAAUGAACCUGUCAGCAGGCACUUGACUACACGUGCCCAGGGCAGCCUGCGGUGGUCACGGAGAGUUGAGUGUGACAGCUGGGAGGAUGGUGCAGUGCUCCGAGUGCAGCUGCACUGGGAGAAACUGUGCCCACAGGGGCUUGUUGAGAAAUCAAUGUGUCUUGCACAGCCAGUGUUGUCGGAGCCGGACCUGCAGGGCCUUGGAGCAGGUGUUUCUGCCCUUUCACCUCCAUGUUGAGCUGGUGAGCCCCAGGUUGGUGCUGUGUUGCUGCCCUCAGUUGUUGGCCCCAGCACUGAAGUCUGGCAUGAUGCCCAGGUGAUGCUUAUGUGCUGCUGUGAGAGCAGUGGAGCUGCGCUUGGCUUCUUUCAGGUUCAUCCCCCUGCAGAGCACCUACCAUUGCAUCGCACCAGGAGUUAGAGCCUGAGAAAGGUAUCCUGGAGGCCAAGGAGAGAGAGAGAGAACCUUGCUGUGCCUGGAGAGCAAGAGGAAGAUCUCAAAAGCCCAGGUGGGCAGAGUCGAGGUGAAGAGAAAUGAAGGGAAUAGUGCAAUGAGAAGGGCUGGUUUGGCUUGCAGUGCUGUGAGCACGCCUUCAGCCCCAGCAUGCCUCCUCUCAAGUGCUGCAUGGUCAGCAUGAGUUUGCCUGGAGGGGCUGGGAGGCCAGUGGCCAGUGUCUGUGUGGAAAGGCUGUGCCAGGAGCUUCACUGAACCUGCUUUGGCAACUCUUCGGAGCCAGGCCGACAGAGGCGUACAUCUGUACAGCAUCGAUGCUGCCCCGAAUCACACCAAGGAAAAGACUCAGACACCCAAGGUGGGUUAAAGCAAAGUUUCCUACACCCUGUGCUUUCCUGAUCCCAGGCAACAGGAAAAAUGGGUGGUUGGCCCCAGAUGGACAGCAGAGCUCUCCCUCUGCUGCUCAGUGACCUUGAGCAAACAGUGGUGGUGAAAUCAAGAGACAGGCUCUUUGUUUGGGUCAGUGGGUGCUGGGGAGCCCUGGCUGCAUGGUCCCUGCAGCUUCAUGGCAGAGCCGGGUCCCCAUGCAGCUGUCUAGGGUGGUUUCUCCAAGCAGGAGACAGGAAAAGGCUUGAAAGGCCAAGUGCUGCCAGCCACCAAAGGUCCUCAUGCCAAAUUACCUGUCAUGAUGUGGUCACUAUCCCAGUGAAAGGGCAGAGUAUUUUGUAGCCAUUUUGCAUUGGCACAUUGGUUGAAAAGCUGGACUGGCUCAGUGGGAUGAGGCAAAGCCCGAGCUUGGGUUAUGGGAUUUGCACUUUAGGUUCACUUAUGCCAACAGGCCCUGUAAAACCACUUCCAAGUCCCUCCAGUGGUCACAUCUCCUUCAACCACCUCCUGCCCCUCUGGCUGAUGGAUAUAUUGCUUCUACAAAAAACGGUUGUUGCACUUUUUCAAUAAUUCUCUUAAUUUUUUUCUUGUUAAUUUUUUGCAAAAAGAAAAAGAAAAAGCUGCUUAAAGUGACAUUUCAACAAUGUUUUGACUGCUGUAAUACCUGCAGUCAGAGGAAGUUGAGAAUUGCGAAGUUCUUGGCUGUCAGUCCAAGAACUGUACAGAACAUGCUGAAUUUUUAUCUGAAAAAAAUUACUAUGUCCAGUAACAACAGAACAAUACAUUGAACUGUCCGAUGCAUUUCUUAAGUUGGUGUUUGUAAAUGAAAGCCAUCAUCACAUCAGCUGUAUAUGUUAUGUCACUGGUAAGAAAACUGUGGUACUAAAUGUC